AUGGGCACCAACACCACUAUAACAGACACAGACAGAGAUAGAGACUCAGACACAGACUCAGACCUGACAAACGACAUCUGCGACCUCUCUCCCAUCCCCACGCUCAUCGUGUCGCCGGAUUACCGCAUCCAGCGGGCGUCCAAAGGUGUCGUUGACGCGUGGCAUCGCCGCCGAGACGACUUCCUGGGCAAGGAUCUCUUUGCCGCUCUGUACGGAGGGUCGCCGCUCGAGCGCUUCGAUCGCAUCCCGCUGGCCCGCGCCAUCGAAGUCGCCAUCGCCGCACGCAACUUCCGUCUCUGCCAUGCCGCAUAUACGGCCGACGGCGUCUCGUAUUCGGCGCGCAUCAUCCCCAUCUUCCGGAGGGACGAGCUGCUGUCGCUGAUGCUGGAGUGGGACCCGGUCGAGCCUAAGACGCCCGAGACUCGCGGCGAAGUGAUUCAGCAUGCGCUGUCCGUCGACGAGGUCUUCCGGCUGCUCAUCCAGACUGUCAAGGACUAUGCCAUCUUCCUGCUCGACACGCGCGGCUACGUGGCCACCUGGAACGCCGGUGCCGAGCUGCUCAAGGGCUAUACGAAGGAGGACAUCAUCGGACGGCACUUCUCGACCUUUUACGGCCAGGAAGAUCUCAGCGCUGGAAAGCCUGAAGACGAGCUCAUAACAUGCUUGCGCGAGGGCAGGGUGCAGGAUGAGGGCUGGCGCUAUCGUAAGGACGGGAGCCGGUUCUGGGCCAACGUCACCAUCACGGCCAUUUAUAGGAACGGCGUGCAUGUUGGCUUUGGCAAGGUGACGCGCGACCUGACGGAGCGCAGAGAGGGCGAGCUGAGACUCAUCGCCGCAUACGAAGAGAGCGCCAAGCUCAAGAACGACUUCCUGGCCAACAUGAGUCACGAGAUCAGAACUCCAAUGCACGGCAUGCUGUCAGCCUGUGCUCUCCUCCUGGACACAAACCUAACAGAAGAUCAGCACGACAUGGCCAACAUCAUUUCUGAAUCGGGCCAGGUUCUGCUGCAAGUUAUUAAUGGUAUUCUCGACUACUCCAAGCUUGCGUCGGGCAACUUCUCCGUCAACACGGACCUGGUUGGAGUCGCAAACAUCAUCAGUUCUGUCGUGCGCAAUGUGCAGAUGACGCUGCUGCCGGGUGUCUACAUCAAGCUCGUCCUGGCACCGGAAUUGCCCAAAUCUGCGCAGGGAGACCCGCUUCGCUUCCGUCAGAUCUUCCAGAAUAUCAUCGACAAUGCUGUCAAAUUCACCGAGAAGGGAUCGGUGCAGGUCGCCGCCUCAAUCUCCGCCGAGGACGCGACUUCUUAUACCAUCUUGACAGAAGUCACUGACAGUGGGAUAGGCGUAGCCGAGGAUGCUGUCCAAAAUCUGUUCAAGCCAUUCACUCAGCUCGAAAAGCCCACCAAAAAACGAUACCAGGGAACAGGCCUCGGGCUGUCCAUAGCCAAGUCUUUGGCCGAGUUAUUGGGCGGCGAGAUGGGCUACAAGCCCAACCUCGAACGUAACGGCAGCAUUUUCUGGUUCACGGUCAAACUGAAAAAGAUUGCUAAUCUCGACCAACUUGAUGCUGCGGGGGUACAACAGCAAGAGAAAGAAAAGUCUCAGCAAGAAGCAGAGAAAGAAAAGAUGCUAAAACGCCUGAAGGAGAUGGCACCACAAAAGAGGAUUCUUGCGGCCGAGGAUAACUUGGUAAACCAAAAAGUGUUGUCCCGCGUUUUGAACUCUCUUGGCUUUCAGCAUGUUACCAUUGCCUCCAAUGGAGCAGAGGCCGUUUCAAUAUUGAGCGCUUCACCCAACACCUAUGACUUGGUCCUCAUGGACAUCAGCAUGCCGGUUAUGGAUGGCUUUGAAGCGACUAGGAAAAUCCGAACCUAUGGGAACCCGAUUCCGAUUAUUGCCAUGACGGCGUAUGCCCUCAGAGGAGAUAGCGAAACUUGCUUAGAAAAGGGGAUGGACGAUUACAUCUCCAAGCCGGUCAACAUAAACAAACUAUUACAAAAGCUUCUUACAUGGUUAGACUCACCUGAGUGGUCUAAAAGUGUCACCAACGGACCAUCUUAACAGGGUAUAAAAGUCACAACAAUAUGUAUUCUUUUUUCAAGAGUUUUGCCUCUAGCAGUCACAUACUCUUUUACGACAUUGCUUCGCCAUGUUUAAACGACAUUUAAGUGGCCAUUUAUCUCAUUGAAAUGAAAUAAUACAUGGUUUAUCUUACAAGGCACAAGCCUUCUGCUGGCAUGGCCGGUCUAAGGAUGGCUAUUCCGGGUUGUUGCAAAAUUACCAGUCACUUGGUGGCAGGGGCAUUUAUUCCCACCAAAUGAAGGCCAUCCUCUUCCUCAAUCUCCGUAUGAAGGGAACUAUGGCGUGGAAAGGCGACGAAAUCCUGAAGCAGAGAUCUUGGAGCAGGAUCCCAGAUGCUCACGUCCAUCAAUCAAUCGAGAUAAUUGGAGAGUUGGUCGCAUCUGAGGGCCAGGCUGGUGAAAUUCCUGCAUUGUAUGCUGUUAUGCUACGUAUCUGUCCAGUAGUAGAGCUGGCCGUAUUGGUGUCCCUUGAGGGGGAUCAAUUGUUACAAUUCUUCUAAUGUGCUUUCAUUUUAUUAGAGGACAUUAUUUCGUCAUGCUUGCGCAUGACAAAUGAUGACUUGCCUUAGUUAUGCUUUGUAGCUGUUAAUUGACUGUGGACUAUUUGCAAUAGUCGUGGAAAU